GGAAGUACUUCAUUAUUGUUGCUGACUAGACGCUGAUGUCGAGAUGCAGGUGGAUGAUUGAUUCUGCUUGCGCUCUCACGGGAUCUCAUCAACCAAACACUUAGCCAAAGGAAAUCAGUAUCAAGUAGCCUACUGCUAACAUUUUAAAUAUCCACCUCCAGCCGACCAUGUCUGAGCCGGGUUCUGGCUGUGGUGAUCCGGCCCAGAGGAGCUCACAACAGGGUCCGGAGGUGGUGUCAGUGAAGCUGGAGGACUGCAGUCAAACACUGGAGCUCAAUGUGAUUGUGAAAGAGGAGGAGGAGAGAGAAAUCAAGGAGGAAGAAAACAGUGACUCCGGAAAGAGCUCCAACCCAGACUCAGACAGCAAGCCCAGUCCCACAGCAUCAGGAAACCGCAGACAGAAGCCCCAACCCUGCUCUAGCGACAGUUUUAUUUGUCCAACUCACCUCAAAUCAUACCAACCAACUCCCAAAAUAAAUAAGACUUACCUUUGCCGUAAAUGUGGGAAGAGUUUUCAGACACCAAGCAAGCUAAAGGCUCAUCAGAGUAUGCACAAUGGAGAGAAUCCUUACCCCUGCUCCCAGUGUGAGAAGAGCUUCAAUCAUUCAGGAAGACUUAAGGACCAUCAAAGAGUACAUACUGGGGAGAAGCCUUACCACUGCUCUCUUUGUGGGAAGAGUUUCAGUCAGUUAGGAAACCUGAAGACUCAUCAGAAAAAUCACAAGCCUUACCACUGCUCACAAUGUGGGAAGAGUUUCAGUGAGAAAGUAAAACUUACGGGACACGAGAGAGUACAUAGUGGAGAGAAACCUUACCACUGUACCCAAUGUGGGAAAAGCUUCAAUUAUUAUUCAGUACUUAAGGAACAUCAAAGAGUACAUACAGGGGAGAAGCCUUACCACUGCACACUUUGUGGGAAGAGUUUCAGUUGGGCAACAAACAUAAGGAAUCAUCAGUUAAGACACAUUGGAGAGAAACCUACAUGUACUCUCAAUGUGAUUGUCAAAGAGGAGGAGGGCGAACAGAGACACAUUAAGGCAGAAGAGCGAGAAGUUGAGGUAGAGGUGAAGGAAGAGGCUACAUAAGCUAACUCCAUAGGAAUGUAAAGGAACACCUAUCCUUGCAAUGCUGUCUUCUGUGACAGGGCAUAGGCAGCAACAUUGAGGGCUAUCUUUUAAAGUAAUGUCUAUUCUACUUCUAUAAGUGUAUUGGAAGGUAGAAAAUCAACUCCAGAAGGUACAUACCACCACUUACUUUGAUAGUGUACAAAGCCAAGAUUGGUGAUUUACUGCCAGCUGUAGUUAUGGAAGGUCAGCUCCAUAUAAUUCACUGGUUGACCCCUCCUGCUGACCUGGAUGGAA